UUGUAGUCGGCACAGGUCUCUGUUAUUGAUUUAAUUUUAUUUUAGUUUUUUCUUCAAUAUACUAGUCAAAUUUUUACAAUGGUUGUCUUGCAUCUAAAGAAUAUUUUUGUCAUUCUAUUUAUCGUAAGCUAUGGAGUGAAUGCAUUCCUAUCUGGAUCUGAAGAUCCCUACAAAAUACUGGGAGUAGACAGACAUGCUAAUACUCAGCAGAUUCGCAAAGCAUAUAAAGAAUUGGCCAAAGAAUGGCAUCCGGAUAAGAACAGCAACCCCGAUGCAGAAUUAAAGUUUGUGAAAAUAAAACAGGCCUAUGAACUCUUAAGUGAUGCUGACCGACGUCGUCUUUACGACCAGCAUGGUGUGACCAGUGAAGACUCUCACAUGUUUAAGCAGAAACAUGAUUACAGUCAGUAUGGCCGUUAUGCUCCCGAUCCCUUGGAGGAAUUCUUUGGUAAAAAAUUUUACUUUGAUCAUGACAUAAGUGUGUAUCACAAGCUGUCUAUAACCACCAAGUAUUAUGAGCAGAUUAUCUUGCCAAAAAGUCAGACGGUGCCGUAUAUAUUAAUGUUCUACAAUGACUGGUGCUUCAGAUGUACUCAUAUGGUGGGAGCAUUUAAAAAGCUUAUUGAAAUUUUAGAACCUUUGGGCAUACAAUUUGCCACCGUUAAUGCAGCACACGAACAACGUCUAUUUCGUAUGGCAGGUUUGAGCGAGUUACCUAGUCUGGUGUUGGUGUUAAAUGGUCACAACUAUAUAUACCGAGAAACAACCUUGACCUCGCAAAAGGUGGUAGAUUUUAUACGUAAGAAAAUGCCCUAUCGCAUUGGCACUACGGUGGAUGAUGACAAUAUCGAUGCCUUUCUAAAUGGUUGGAUGGAUAACAAGGUGAGGGCGUUGAUAUUGGAACCGAGGAAUCAGACCAGACUGAGAUACUUAAUAGCCGCAUUUGCUUUUCGCAGCAGAGUGGCUUUUGGUUUUGUGUAUUUGGAAAAGCCUAAUUGUGAGGAAUUAAAGAAACGCUUCCAAAUACAUCCAAAACUGGACACUUUGUUGUUGUUUAAUGAGUACGUAGAACGUCCUGUGGCUAGUGUGUCUAUGUCUGAGAUUCCAGCUCAGACACUUAACAGUAUUAUAUCCUCCAAUCAGUAUUUAACACUACCGCGCCUUUCCUCACAGGAGAUAUUAGAAGGUAUAUGCCCCGCCGAAUGGAAUCGUCCACGCAAACGUCUUUGUGUUGUGCUUAUAACGGAAAAUUCAGAUGAGCAUAAUUUCGCUAGAGGGGCUUUAAGAAAUAUUGCAUUACAGAGUGGUUAUAGUUUAGACAAAGUACGUUUUGCUUACAUUUUUAAGGAGAAGCAAAUGGAAUUUAUCAAUGCCAUUUCGAAGGGCUCUAACGAUGAUAAGCUCUUGCGCAUUGUGGUUUUAUGGCGGCGCGAUACUUCACAUGUGAAAUACGAGUGGGUCAAUGAUGCCAAUUUGGACUUGCUCAAUUCUGGCCAUCAAUCUUCAGAUCAUCUUAUAAAUCACACCAAACAGCGUAUAGACCACACUAUACAAAAGCUAUUGAAAACCUCGGAGGCUUUAAGUUAUGAGGCCUUUGUUAAAAACCUGUUGGAUGAACAUGCUCAAGGCUUUAUUCAUGAGUGGAUAUCGAAGGCCUUGUACUUUUAUGAAUAUCUUUUAGAUUCCAUAGAAGAAGAGCAUAUACUGGCCACUUUAUCUUUGCUGGGAACAAUUGCAUUUAUGUUUGCCGUUGGCUAUGUUAUGGUGUACUUUGUGCGGGCCGAGGAAGAAAACUUGAAGGCUAAGGGACAAAUUAAUUCCAAGUUUGUAGCCAAGCAAAAUAAACAUGUUCCCGAAUUAAAACUGCACGAACUAAGAGCUGAAAAGUACAAUGGCAUGGUACGUUUGCUUAAACCGGGUUGUAGAACAAUUAUAUUGAUAACAGACUUGCAAACACGCACAAAACUCAUACCACCCUUUCAUAAAUCCGUGUGGCCUUAUAGGAAAAAUAAAACUCUCAUCUUUGGCCACAUGCUAAUCGAAAAAGGUCUGUCCUGGUACUCCGAAUUACUAAGGUUGUCGCUAUGUGAGACAAAGAACUUGCAAAUAAAUCCUAGAAAUUGUAUUGGCACUGUUAUUGCCUUAAAUGGUCAUCGUAAAUACUUCUGCAUGUAUCAUGCCAAACAUCCGGAAACUACUAGAGGUGUUAAGAGAAUGGAAAAGAUAACCCGACAACUGGUACGAACCGACGAUCCAGAAAGUGGCGCCUUCUUUACCGUGGGCAACUCGGACGAUUCGGAUGAUAACGAGCCAAAAAUUCUUUUGGAAGAAAAUCUCUUGGAUGGUCUAAGCAAUUGGCUAGAUCGUUUAUUCGAAGGUACUACACACAGAUAUUACAUCAACUAUUGGCCCGAUUUUCCCACAAAAUAAAUUCGAAGCGAAUAACGAGUAUAACGAAUAUUAGUAAGGAUAUUAAAUAUUAAUACAUAAAAAAUAGCAUCAGUAUAGCAACUACUAGAUGAAUGAAAAUUUUCUUUUUUUUACCAUUAAACGAAGUGAGUGUUGAAUAACAUUUAAUCCAAAAGCCAAAGAUCAAAAAAUAUUCUCUGCUAAUUUAAGGGAAAGGAUUUAGUUUUAGCUACAAAAUUAAAUAUUUCUAUAGAAAGUAUGCAUGAAAAACUAUUAAAUCAUUCUAUUACGAACUGCACAAUAGCUUUUCUUAAAAUUAAGAAUUUUCAAAUCAUAUAUUGUAGCCGAUAUUUAAGAGGUUCAAAAAAACAACAAUGUGUAUGAUAAACAUAUCAUACAUAUGUACCUUUUAAAUAAGUUGGCUCAUAAUUUCAAAUUAAAAUAAAAAUUCUUUAAAAUUACAACUUUUGUAAUAAACUAUUUUUGUUUGUUAUAUUUUAUUAGUAAAUGAAAAACAUUUCUAGUGCACGCCAUUUUCUAGCCAUUUUUUUAAAUCUAAUUAAUUCAAUUUUGAAUAUAACAAACUCCCACAAUUCAUUUUUAUACUUUGACUUGGCAAAUAAAAUAAAAACUUUAGUACUAAUUACUAAACAUAUUAAAAAUUAAUGCUAACUUAACUAAUUAAGUCACUUAAAGAAAGCUUAAGAGGGCAUUAAAAUAAUAUCUAGUCUCACUCAAAAACUACCAACUAAAAUACCAAAGAUCUUUUUUUUUAGCAAAUAAUAAUAGAGCUUUAUUUGAAAUAACUAUAAUUUAUUAUUGUUUUCUUUUUUACUAAGUUAUUAUUUUUUAUUCUAAAAUUAAGAACAUAUUUAUCAAUAAAUAAAAUAUGAAAAUUUGCAACGUUUUUUAACAGCCUCCAAUUUAUGAAAUCAUAAAUAAUGAUUCAUUAAUUUGUUCAUAGUAUUAAGUGAAUUAAAUAAUAAAAUAAACAUUUUA